AGGCACAGGGCUUGUUCUGGGGAGCUGGAGAGCCUGGGACAGGUUGUAGCCACCAACACGUCCGAGCCACACAAAAUGCGUGAAAUCGUGCACCUGCAGAUUGGCCAGUGUGGGAACCAAAUUGGAUCCAAGUUCUGGGAGGUGCUCGGUGAUGAACAUGGGAUUGACAUCACUGGGAACUACCGUGGGGAUUCACCACUGCAGCUGGAGCGAAUUAAUGUAUACUUCAAUGAGGCUUACUGUAAGUGCCCAGCAGAGCCAAUAGUGAGGCUUGUUUCUUUGACCACUAGCAGUAAUUAUUUGCAUUCAUUUUGUUUUGUUCCAGCCCAUAAAUACGUGCCCCGUUCCAUCCUGGUGGACCUGGAGCCUGGGACGAUGGACAGUGUCCGGUCUAGCAAAAUCGGCCCCCUCUUCCGACCUGACAACUUUAUCCACGGUAAUUCAGGUGCUGGCAACAACUGGGCCAAGGGCCAUUACACAGAAGGUGCCGAACUGAUCGAAAACGUCAUGGAUGUGGUCAGGAACGAGUGUGAGAGCUGUGACUGCCUUCAGGGAUUCCAGCUCAUCCAUUCCCUUGGCGGUGGCACAGGCUCAGGCAUGGGGACGCUCCUCAUCAACAAGAUCAGAGAGGAAUAUCCCGACAGGAUCAUGAACACCUUCAGCGUUGUGCCCUCACCCAAGGUAUCCGACACGGUGGUGGAGCCCUACAACGCCAUCCUCUCCAUCCACCAGCUGAUAGAGAACACAGACGAAACCUUUUGCAUUGACAACGAAGCUCUGUAUGAUAUAUGCUUCAGGACAUUAAAGCUCACCAAUCCCACCUAUGGGGACCUCAACCACUUGGUGUCCCUAACGAUGAGCGGCGUCACCACCUCGCUGCGUUUCCCUGGCCAGCUGAACGCCGAUCUGCGGAAGCUGGCGGUGAACAUGGUGCCCUUUCCUCGCCUGCACUUCUUCAUGCCCGGCUUUGCCCCGCUGACAGCUCGGGGCAGCCAGCAGUACCGGGCCCUGACGGUGCCAGAGCUCACCCAGCAGAUGUUCGACGCCCGGAACAUGAUGGCAGCCUGCGACCCCCGCCGCGGGCGCUACCUCACCGUUGCCUGCAUCUUCAGGGGCAGAAUGUCCACCAAGGAAGUGGACGAGCAGCUGCUGUCCGUCCAGACCAAGAACAGCUCCUACUUUGUGGAGUGGAUCCCCAACAAUGUGAAAGUGGCCGUGUGCGACAUCCCGCCGCGAGGGCUGAAGAUGGCAGCCACGUUUAUUGGCAAUAACACGGCCAUCCAGGAGCUCUUCAUCAGGGUGUCCGAACAGUUCUCGGCCAUGUUCAGAAGGAAAGCGUUUCUCCACUGGUACACGGGGGAGGGCAUGGAUGAGAUGGAGUUUUCUGAAGCAGAAGGUAACACCAAUGACCUCGUGUCCGAGUACCAACAGUACCAGGAUGCUACUGCAGACGUGGAGGAAUUUGAAGAGGUAGAAGUGGAAGCAGAAGCCAAGCCAGAAAAGGAAGCAGAGUAAAAAGUAUCAAAACAUUCUCCAAAUGGACCUCUUCACAUUCACUAAAGACAAAGCAAUAGCCACCACCUGCAUACCCCAAAACAACACAUUUCUUCAGGACUUUUCCUCUGCAUCUGGCCAAGUGUAUCUGAUAUUACAACACAGUGCUUUUGAAAUUAAUGGCAGCUCUGCUUUACUGUCUUAAACUGUUGACACUGAAUCUCUCCCAAAACCAAUCCACUAUGAAGACAUGUUAUCUCACACCAGCCUUUCCUGUAAAUGGAUUCACUUCUAGAAUGUAAUCACCAGAUACUGAAUGUACUAUACAGCCGCUGUGCCUGUGUAUAUAGAUCAGGAUCAUAAGCAAUAGCAAAAUAUGCUGUCAGCUCAUCACAUUUAUUUAUUCUCAGGUAAACACAGUCCCUGCUGAUUGUGAACUUGUUACUGUUUUAGGAACACAUGCACAUGUCUAAGGCCUGCUAAGGCAAUGACUCUUUUUAUCACUCCACAGACUGAUGUACAUCUGCAGCAACAACAGGGGGCAAAUGACUGAAUAUGCACAUUCUUAUUUUAUAAGUACUCUAAUUGUUAUCACAUUGCUGGCUUAUAUUAUUGCAGAGCUUGUAUUCAUAAUCAUGGUGUGGUUUGUUUCUUUUUUUAACUACAAGUUAAGUUACAUUAGCACACUAAGUUGUGACAUUUGUGUAAAAGUUUUGGUGUGGCAUUUUUAUUUUCCUAGGUACUAACUACUGUAAAUUUUUUUUCCCUAACCUUCAGUACAACUAUAGAGACAUAGAAUGGUUUGUAGCUUGUUAAUAUAAAUUCUACGGCAGUCACUAAAACAAAACCAUAUUUUGC